UCUCACAACUCACGACCCCGCACCGCGCGACGAAACCCAAGAGCGGGCAGAAAAACCCUGCGACGACGUGUACCUGAGCAGCGUCCGACUGCUGUCUCGCCUCGCACGCCAUGCCCAUGGGGGCGCUGCGGCGGUGGCUGCCGUGCUGCUGUUGCGGUGGAGGAGGAGGUGGUGGUGGUGGUGCGGGGAAGGGGAAGGGGAGCGUGGGGGACGGGCUGGUGUGGGACGUCCCCCUGAAGGCGCACGCGUCCGGGGACUACUCCGUCGCCGUGGCGCAGGCGAACGAGGCGCUUGAGGACCAGGCGCAGGUGCUGGCGUCGCCGGCGGCGACGCUCGUCGGCGUGUAUGACGGGCACGGCGGCCCCGAGGCGGCGCGGUUCGUCAACAGGCGCCUCUUCACCCUCAUCCAAGAAUUUGCAGUGGAGAAUCGUGGCCUCUCGGCGGAGGUGUUCGAGAAGGCGUUCGGCGCGACGGAGGAGGAGUUCGUGGCGACGGUGCAGAGGUCGUGGCCGUCGCAGCCGAGGAUCUUGUCCGUCGGCUCCUGCUGCCUGGUGGGCGCCAUCGAGGACGGGACGCUGUACGUCGCCAACCUCGGCGACUCCCGCGCCGUGCUCGGCCGCCGCGCCGCGCACGGCAAGGGCAAGAACAGGGUGGUCGCCGAGCGGCUCUCCAGGGACCACAACGUCGCCGACGAGGACAUCCGCCGUGAGCUGAAAGAGACGCACCCCGACGACUCGCACAUCGUCCUCAACACCCACGGCGUCUGGCGCAUCAAAGGAAUCAUCCAGGUGUCCAGGUCCAUUGGCGACGUGUACCUGAAGAAGCCGGAGAUAUGCAAGAGCAGCCCGAUGCUGCAGCAGUCGAUCUGCCCGUUCCCGCUGCGGCGGCCGGUGAUGAGCGCAGUGCCGUCGAUCAAGACGCGGAAGCUGAGGCCCGGCGACCAGUUCGUCAUCUUCGCGUCGGACGGGCUGUGGGAGCAGCUCACCGACGAGGCCGCCGUGCACAUCGUGGCCAGCGGCCCGAGGAAGGGCGUCGCGAUGAGGCUGGUCCGGGCGGCGCAGCUGGAGGCGGCGAGGAAGAAGGACAUGAAGUACGAGAGCAUCAGGACGAUCGAGAAGGGCCAGAGGAGGCACUUCCACGACGACAUCACCGUCGUCGUGCUCUUCCUCGAGAAGUGCCGCGGCAAGGGCAAGGGCAAGGGCAAGGGCGCGCGGCCGGGACACGGCGACGAGAUCGACGGCACCUACGGCCCCGUCGACGUCUUCUCCCUCAGCCCCGACGACCAGGAGGACCCAGCGAGGCCCGUGCUCCGUUGAUCGGCCGGCGACUCUGCACCAGCGGUACCGGAAGUACAUACUGUUCUUGGUUCUUUUGCUCCCCAAAUCGAAGCUGCAUUUGCACGGAUCCUGAGGCAUCCGUGUUGCUGUUGCCACGAAUUUGGCGCGAAACUGGCCUUUUCAGCCAAACGGGAUUUCUUUCAUUUUGCUGCUCGAAUCGUCUUCUGGUUCAAAGCUUCAAAAUUCAAUUUUUGGUUUGUUCAAAUAAUGCUGAAAAAUCACUUCAUCACAGAGAGAGAGAGAGAGCUACAUGUAAUUUAGUUGUGAAGAGUAGACAGUACUAGUGUGUCGUGUCUUGUAAAUUGGGAAUUCUAAACAGCACCAGUUGCUCGAGCUUCUCCGUGGAGAGGCAUCCAGUGUUUUUUUUUUUGUCUCUUCUACUUCUGCCACUGCCAGUGUUCUUGAAUGUGGUCAAGCCAAUCAAAGAAGACAUUGGGAUACACAAUUCACGUAUCAGAUCGAGAAGAUCAUUGAAGUCCAAUGUGCAUUCAUCAUCAGCCGAAGUCUUGCUGAAAUUUUGCACGAAAUUUUGGGUGCAGCCACUAUCGUGGAUCGGUUCAACCAACGCUCUGUGAGCUUGUGUGACUUCUCCGGUCAAGAAGGGUACUGUCUUCCAAACUACAUUUAUUCGUACAGACGAAAAAGACGGCUGCGAAGAAAUGGUAGAUGAAACCUAAGUAAAGUACGUAAUUGCCUUGAAGAUUUCUUGGUAGUGGGUUGGGAGUGUUUCCAGGUUAGCUGAGCCGUGAAAGCGAAGACAUAUGCCAUGAUGCCAAUUCUUCAUUUGCAGUUGAUGACCCCUUCAACGAAGAACUAAAGUCUACCAGGUUCAAACGCAGGUCAAAAGCACACUAGUGCUACCGCGUAGGACUGUAUCCUUUUGUGCCAUCUGAUCAUCUUCUCCACUGUCCAAAUGGCCUUUUUCAUCCGAACAGGAAUAGAUCUUUUUUGAGAAAUAAUAGUGUGGUCUCUAGUGGUUAGUAUUAUACUAUCGAUAUAAUCGAUCUAAACCAUCUAUGUAUAUGGGUAUUGUAGUACUUUAUUAACUCAAUGAUUAGGAGUAAU